AUGACAGCAAAUGCUUUCGGUAUAGCUGUCUGUACAGUUUCUGGUGUUGUAGUUGAGGUUUCCAAUGUGAUUUCAAAAGUACUUGGGCCGAAGUAUUUGCACUUACCUGUAGAUGAGAAUGAAAUGAGGAAAAAGGUCUGUGAGUUCGAGACAAAAUUUGGCAUUGUACAGGCCUUUGGAUGCAUAGAUGGAACACAUGUUCCUAUCCUUCGACCACUAAAGGAUCCACAAGAUUACUUUUGCUACAAAAUGUUCUAUUCAUUAAAUGUACAGGCUGUGUGUGAUUAUAGAGGCAUAUUUAUGGAUGUUGAAUGCAGGUGGCCAGGAAGUGUGCAUGAUGCAAAAGUUUUUGCAAAUUCCUCUAUUAAUCAGAAAUUAGUUUCUGGCCAAAUUCCAAUGAUACAACUGUCUGUUUUCCCAGGCUCAGAAAAAAUACCAAACUAUGUAAUUGGGGACCCUGCAUACCCAUUGACUCCAUUCUGCAUGAAGGAAUAUGCCACAUGUGCUUCAAAUGAAGAAGUAAUUUUUAAUACUCUUCUAAGAGCAGCUAGGAAUCCAAUAGAAUGUGCUUUUGGUCGACUGAAAGCAAGGUGGUCAGUUCUUACAAAAAAAGUUGACUUAAAGAUUGAAUCAAUUCCAGUUGUUGUAUAUGCAUGUUGUGUCUUGCACAAUUAUUGCGAAAUUAACAAAUCUUAUGUUGAUGAAGAUCUUCUUAAAUGCCAAAUGGAUUUGUAUAAAAAAAAUGAAGAUCAAAACCGACACCUUGUUGACCCAGUGUACUCAGGUGAUCGUAGUGAAGGUGGUGUGGUUCGCAAAACAAUAACAAACUACAUUCGGGAUAAUUUACCUGAUCAUCUGGUACUCUAA